AUGACUACAGUCGCACUUGUCGGAGCUAACGGAGUGCUCGGAACUCCUCUCAUUAACGCGCUGUCCGCGGCCCCCGGAUACAAAUACCCCAUCAUCGUGGUCACCCGAGACGCCUCCAAGUCCAAGAACACAGACAAGGUCAAGUACGUGCAGGGCUCGGCCGAUGAAAAGGGCUCGCUCGAGGCCAUCUUCAAGGGCGUGGACGUGGUUCUCAACAUCUCGUCGGUCAAGGCCAACUGGACCGGCAUUCUGGACGCCGUCAAGGCCGCCGGAGUCAAGGUCUACGUGCCCUCCGAGUUUGGAGUCGACUACACCCAAUUCCCUGACUUCCACUUCCUGGAUCUCAAGAAGAACCACCUUGAGGCUGCACGGGCCGUCAAGGGUCUCAAGGUUGUCGCUGUGCAGAACGGAGUCUUUGGAGAGUUUGCCGUCAAAUACCCCUCCUUCCUGCGACUCGACCCUAAGACCAACAAGGCCAACCCCAUCAACCCCGACGCCAAGUGGUCCGCCACCUUCCUCGAUGACAUUGCCGCUGCCCUGGCGGUGGUCCUGUCCAAGCCUGUUAACGAGAUCCCCGACGUUCUCGAACUGUCAGGAAGCGAGGUGACCUUCCGAGAGUACUACGAGAUCUACGGCAAGAAGAAGGGUGUCAAGGUGGAGAUUGUGCCUGCAGAGUCCAUCGCCGAGGCUCGAGCCACCGUCAAGAAGAACGAGGAGACCCACAACUACGACGACGCUGCCUUUGGACUCUACCUCCACCUGCUACAGGCCGAGAACAAGGGUCAGGUCAAUGGAUCUGGAAACAAGUACCUCAAGAAGUUCAAGACUCUUGAGGAUGCUGUCUUUUAG